CUGUUUUCGCUUUUAAGGAGAUUCUUCACACUAAUAGGUAAGGUCUGUCAGUUUUGGGCUGGAGUUGGGUCCAGUUCUGUCAGAGCCCUUUUCCGUCCUUUCGCCACAUCCAGCAACAUGGCCAAGAGCAAGUUUGAAUACGUGCGCAACUUUGAAACUGACGAUACUUGUCUGAGAAACUGCUACAUCGUUGUCAGGCUUGAUGGACGCAACUUCCACAAGUUUUCAGAGCAGCAUGUGUUCACCAAGCCCAAUGAUAACAGGGCGUUGGGACUGAUGACCCGGAGCGCGCGCUCUGUCAUGGAAGAACUGGAGGAUAUCAUCAUCGCUUAUGGUCAAAGUGAUGAGUUCAGUUUCGUGUUUAAGAGGUCCUCCACCUGGUUCAAAAGAAGAGCCAGUAAGCUCAUGACCCACGUUGCCUCCCAGUUCUCCUCUUCUUAUGUGUUUUACUGGAAGGAGUUUUUUGGAGAACAGCCCCUCUUGUACCCCCCUGGCUUUGAUGGCCGUGUAGUUCUGUAUCCAUGUAACCGUAACCUUAGAGACUAUCUCAGCUGGAGGCAAGCAGACUGUCACAUAAAUAACUUGUAUAACACAGUAUUUUGGACCUUGGUACAAAAAGGAGGACUCACCACAGCACAGGCAGAGGAUCGUUUAAAGGGAACAUUAGCCGCAGAUAAAAAUGAGAUCCUUUUCUCAGAGUUUGACAUCAACUACAACAAAGAAUCCGCCCUCCACCGGAAAGGCACCACCCUUAUCUGGGAGAAGCGAGAUGAGACUGUCACCAAACGCCUAAAGCUACCUAAUGAGGAGGAGAAGGAGGUGCCUGUCACACGGAGCAGGAGGAGGGUGGAGGCCCACCACAGCGACAUUAUAGGGGACCAGUUCUGGGAGGAGCACCCAGACAUCCUGGAGAAUGACAACAGCUAA